UUACAACCUGAUGGACUGCAGAACGUCGGGCCUUCUUAUCCAUGCAGCAGCAUGGAUGAACUUAAAGAUCAGUCGUUAUACUGAGUAAACUGAUUGGACUUAGAAACUCAUACUGAGUGAAGUAAGUCAGACAGAAGAGCCAUCCUGAGUCCAGCUCACACAUCUGUACCAUUCGCCCACUGGGGUUUGCCUUUUCUCUUUGGACCAGGCUUCAGCAGAAAUCACCGAACUAACACAGAGAUGAGUGGAAAAAAUGCAACAUAUGCAACAGUGAAACACACUCCUUCCAAAAAGCCGACACGAAAAGAAAAGACAAAAGAGCAGCUAAUUUACACAGAAGUGAAAACAGUCACUCCACAGUCCAACCAGACAAAGAUAAAAAGACCUGAAUCACAUAAAGAAAAAGGGUCUUCAGUUCCAUUUCCUUGGCUUUUCACAGUAGUGAUUCUCGGAAUCUUCUGUUUCCUUCUCCUUUUAACCACAGGAAUCUUAGGAUUUAUGGAGCUAAUGAUGUACAGUAAAGUUUUCCAGGGUCGAUUACCAGAGCCUCCACUGGACAAUGGAACACAAGAAAAUUCCACAUCUAAAACCAUGACUCUCAAAGAGAAACCACUUAACACAGGAAAGGAAUGUAAAAGUAAAUGGUCCUGUUGUGGACAGAAAUGUUACUAUUUUUCGGAUGAAUUGAAGAACUUUGAAGAAAGUAAAAAAGUCUGCAAGGAAAUGGACUCCACACUUCUUAAGAUAGAAGAUAAGGAAGAAAUGAACUUCAUUCAGAGCCAACUAUCCUAUUUCUAUUGGAUUGGAUUAUCUCGUAAAGGAAUCGGAAAUCAAUGGAUGUGGGAAGAUAAGUCAAGGCCUUUUCUCAAAUUUGAUUGGAAAGAGUCAGACAGAGGACACUGUGCAAGUAUUACAGCAAUGAAGAUGUCUGCUUCUGACUGUUCCAGAUUCAUGCACUUCAUUUGUGAGAAGUAGAUAGCUUGUCUUGCUACCUAAUGAAACAGCAACAAAAGACACAUACAACAACUUUUCCUUAUAAAAACUCAGACCCUUGGAAGUCCAGUCUGUAUAUCUCUCAUUUCAGAAUGCUUUGUUAUGGGCUGCACCUGUAUUCUAGCUUGAUAGAGAUACAUUGUGGACCCUCCACUUCUGCCUCUUUCAAAUGUAGAUCUCAGAUCACACUGGUUAUGAGCACAGGUUGGUAGAGUGAGAAAGUAG